UUUAAUUUUACGCGGCAGAGGAGACGACUGAGGUGCCCCGGCCCGGCAGCGUGGGGUUCUAGUCACUCAUUCAGCGGGGUGCGCGACAACCCAUUCGUUUGGACGUUUGUAAUCAAGGUAAAUUCUUCAGACCGGUUUAAAUUUAAAACGUAAGCUUCCGUUACGACAUUGCGGCUUUAAAGCUAAUUGCUCCCAUUGAGGCUAUCAGGUGGCCGCUGCACAGGUAAGGAAAUUUGAGAUGGCAAUGAGUGAUGAAGAGAAAGGAGGCUCGGUAGGACUUAAAGCCUUGCUGGUCUUCUGCAAUGUGAUUAUUGCGCUCUGUGGUCUGACGCUUUAUGCGGAGACCAUCUGGGUUGCAACCGAUGCCUACAAGGUGUACCCCAUCGUGGGUGUGACUGGGAAAGAUGACAUCUUUGCUGGGGCCUGGAUUGCCAUUUUCACGGGCUUCGCUUUCUUUUGUACGGCCAUCUAUGGGAUAUUUGCAUUGAUUCAGGAAAAUCGUCUAAUGGUGGUGUUGUAUCUCGGGCUCCUGUUGAUUGUCUACAUUUUUGAAUGUGCCUCGGCCAUAACGUCCUUCACUCACCGUGACUAUAUGGUGUCCAGCAGCAACCUGAUCAAGAAGCAGAUGCUCCGAUAUUACACUGACAAUUCAACCCCAGGGCAGCUGAUUACAAAUACCUGGAAUAAAAUCAUGCUAGGGCAACAAUGCUGCGGCACUGACGGCCCCCUGGACUGGAUCAACUACAACUCCACCUUCAGCGCCACCAACACAGCGCCUUGGCCUCUGAACUGCUGCGUGCGCCUGCGCAACUUCGAGGUGGCCGACCAAGGCGCCUGCUACGCCGGAGAUGUCCGCUACGUGCUUACAGACGGCUGCUUCAGCUACAUUGCAUAUUCCAUCAACCGAUACACCUGGGGAGUCUCCUGGUUUGGAUUUGCCAUCCUACUGUUUACGUUGCCAGUGAUGCUCUUGGCGAUGCUGUUCUAUGUUCGCAUCUGAGGGAUUUCACGUUGUUUAUGGCGCAGAGUUGAAGGAAUUAAAGUCUCCUGACGCAGAAACACGAGAAGCAAGACAAUCGGAUUUUGAACCCUCCGCCAUUUUGCUCUUAUUCUAGAAACUUAUUCUGACGUGCAGGCUACUCAGCUGCACCCGUCCUCGGACUUGGCCCAAAUCUUUGAGUUACCGAACUGAAGAUUUGUGGACAACACCACGUGUUUGUGUGUGAGGCACCAAUUUACAUAAGCGGCACUUUCAAGGGGGGGGGGGCGCACCUGCUUGAUUUGCUCCGAACCUCUCACUGUGGGAACGCAAACUCUUCAGAGCGAAGUUAAUAAAAGCCCCUCCUGCAAAAGAGCAGUUAAAGGCCGCGUAAAAUAAAUUCGGAGUAAUUCGUUGCGGGUGUGUCAUUGUCCGCCAUUCCCUCAAAGAAAAUUUUCAAAAGCGAUGCAAACACCUGACCGUCCAUCGGUUAUAAGCGUCCUUGAAUAACCACAAGGGGGCAGCAGUGUCCGCGUGUCUCGGUCUUUUCGCCGAGUAUUCCGAAGGCCCACGGGCCGGACUGGCUGGCGGCUCAACAUUCGCUCUGCGUGAGUCGGCGUUUUGGAAG